UUUGGUCGCCCGAAGCGAAUACUGUCAGUAAAAACAUAUCAACACUUGAUUUCAAUUUACCAGUAAUUUCAACUGAGUGCAUUAAUCAAAGUCUGUCAUUUGAAAGGACAACGCUGACGCUAUGAACGAGCAAAAGAAUAUCUACGAUGAGACCGAGGAGGACCCCUCUUUUGACGUCGAUCGCGACUGUGGGAUUUGCAUGCAUCCCAAGUCGGAUCCGGUGACCACCACCUGCGGCCACGCAUUCUGCUGGGAGUGCAUCAACGACCACGUGCUCUCUAUUCCUUCAGACUCUAUGCUUUGGUGUCCAAUGUGCUUCGAAGACAUUGAAGCCUGAGGCAACAUAAGAUGAUUAUGGGGCGAACGAAACCUUAUCGCUGGCGAUGCUCGUCCUUUAUAGUCGGCCACACAUGAGACACUCAUAAGGAUGUGUGACAUUAAUUAGCUAACU